GGCAAGUUGCAUUGGAGACUUGAAGGCGGAGGUGGCUAAAAAGCGAUCUGUCACGACAAGUUUACUAAUUUACCUGUUUUCAAGGGACAAACACCCUGAGGCUAUUCCAAUAACCGACGUGGCAGAAGUUGAAGUCGGAAAUGGAUGGAAUGUAUGGAUGGGUACAGCCCCCUUUGAACCAAGGGAAUUCUUUCAUAGAGAUCAUUGAGCAGCCCAAGCCGAGAGGCAUGAGGUUCAGGUACAAGUGUGAGGGGCGCUCGGCGGGCAGCAUCCCGGGAGAGAAGAGCAACGAUACCACCAAGACACACCCCGCCAUCAAGGUGCACAACUACAAUGGUCCCCUGCGUGUCCGUGUCUCCUUGGUGACCAAGAACCCGCCUCACAAGCCCCACCCGCACGAGCUGGUGGGGAAAGACUGCAAACAUGGCUACUAUGAGGCAGACUUGCAGGAGAGACGAGUACACAGUUUUCAGAACCUGGGCAUUCAGUGUGUGAAGAAAAAGGAUGUGACCGAAGCAGUUUCCUGUAGACUGCAGACCCAAAACAACCCCUUCAACAUUCCCGAGGCGAAGGUGUGGGAGGAGGAGUUUGACCUGAAUGCAGUGAGGCUGUGUUUCCAGGCCUCGAUCACUCUACCUACCGGUGAACUCCGCCCUCUGGAGCCCGUGGUGUCUCAGCCCAUCUACGACAACAGAGCACCCAACACAGCAGAACUGAAGAUCUGUCGAGUGAACAGAAACUCUGGGAGCUGUAGAGGAGGGGACGAGAUCUUCCUACUCUGUGACAAAGUGCAAAAAGAGGACAUCGAGGUGCGGUUCUUCCAGGACUCGUGGGAGGGGAAGGGGACCUUCUCCCAGGCGGACGUCCACAGGCAGGUGGCCAUCGUGUUCCGUACCCCGCCCUUCUACGACACCAACCUGACCGAGCCAAUCAGAGUGAAGAUGCAGCUCCGCAGGCCCUCGGACCGCGAGGUCAGCGAGCCAAUGGACUUCCAAUUCCUGCCCUCCGACCCAGAUGAAUAUAGACUGAUAGAGAAGCGAAAACGGACAGAGGGCAUGUUCCAGAAUCUGAAGCUGGGGACCAUGAUGUCAGGGGCCAUGCCAGCAGACAGAAGGCCUUUCAACACUGCCAGAAGAACAGUCGCCGCCAAGCCAGCAGCUAGCCAGCCUGUAGUGAACCCAGUGGCGCCCCCUCGUGCCGCCUCUGUGAAGCCCCAGCCCUACUACGACAGCCCCCAGCCUGGCCAGCUGUUCCAAACCCAGCCCAGAGCAGAGCCCUCCUCCUCCACUCCAGCAGAGACCUGGAAGUUCCUCAACAGCCUGACCCUGGACUCCCAGCCCAAAGCCACCCCCGUGGCCAGAUUCACCACCAACUCCCAGGCCCAGGCAUCUGCAGCCACAGCCUCCUCCCAGGCCUUCCCCACCGUCAACCUGUUGGACCUCCACGGCUUCACCUUCCCCACGUUCCCUAGUCCCCAGGAGCCAGUGAGCGCAGCCGCUACUCCAGAGCCCACCUCUACCUUCGGCGUCCAGGGUUCCCAGUUCAGGGUGGAUGGCCCCAUGGUGGAUGAGGAGCUACCCGAGUUCCCCAGCUUCUCUGAGGCCCACCCGUCAGGGACACUAGAUGGCAUAAACAUCGACGACUUCCAGGCUCUGCUGGGCCAGAGUGGUCUGGUUGGAGAGGGGCCAGGGAGCAGUAGGGCGUCGGUCUCUCAGGCACCCUGCCACUUACCCGCCACCAACCCGGUGUCCAACAACGCGACCCAGAACCACACAGAGCCAGCCAACCACCACAACAUCAGCUGUGGCGGCAGCACCUUGAUGAACUACCCCAACAGCAUCGUGAACCUGCUCCAGAGUGAGGGCAUGAUGGACAGUUCUCCUGGCAAUGCCAGCCAGCCGGCCGUCCUCGACGACCUGGACGUCUUCAGCUCCAUGGACGAAGAACGUCUCAUGUCCAUCCUGAACACUGGCAACCAGGCCGGUUUCGUGUCCGGACAUCAGACUUAAGAGACCUCUGUGAUUUUAGACAUUUUUACUGCCAUACUACUUUUAUCUGUCCCCUUGCCUUUUGAGACCCAGCUCCUUUCUAACCCAACUUCCCUUGUACUUGUUAUUCAUAAUGGACUACAAAGAAAAUACAUUUGAAGGCUGGCUGAUCGAGAGUCAGAUGAUGGUGCCGUUUGCGCUCUUCUCUAUGUGGAUUGUGGACAUGUUUAUUAGGACAGCUGCAGAACCCUGCCUGUACUCGAUGAACAGAGUGAAUAGGAGAGAGGGCUACAGGGAACCCCUGGUAACUGCCAGUUUGUGGGCAAUCGCGAGACCCAAGGAUUUUUGUCGCUUUUUGUCAACCCCUAAAGAUACACACCCACUGGGUUGUGUAGAAACCCAGGCUUGUAUCUAGUCUCCAAAGGCAGUGGUAUUCACUUCUGGUCCCUAAGAACAUCAGGGUUCGAAAUGUGUCAAUGUAUGGACUGAAUAGUCCAGGGCCCGGUUUCCUGAUGGCGAUGGAACUUAGGCUUACGAGGGUUUUUAACAAUGCAUCUUUCUUACAACGCCCGAAGAUGUAACAUACACAGAGUAUACAAAACAUUAAGGACACCUGCUCUUUCCAUGACAUAGACUAGGGGUAUUCAACUCUUACCCUACG